CGGAAGCAAAAUGUGAAACGCGGUCGUUUCUAAUGUCCCGUCCUCCAGUACUUGUUAAACCUUUCCGUGUUCACUCGGCAAUCGCAAGAAAGCGUGCUGGUGUGGAAAUGGAUUAUCUUCCGAUCGGAACUGCAACCAGCACCACCGGCAGUCCGACCAGUUCAUUCUCCACGGCUCCUGCCCCACCCUCCUCAGAACUGGCCCACCUGACCGAGUCCCUAAAGCUGGAGCACCAGUUCAUGCGUGUCCCGUUCGAGCAAUACAAGAAGACGAUCCGAGCCGACAACCGCAUCUUCGAGAAGGAGAUGUCCGCUAUGAUCUCCAGCGUCUCCGAAUCCUCGGAUUCGGACGUUUCUACAGACGAAGCCAUUCAUAAUCUCAGCUCGCUGGCAUCCCGGCUUCAAGGGCUCAAAAGGAAGUUGGAAGAGGGAACUCGUAUAGGGAACUUGCAAGCACAGAAAUGCCGUGCUCGGGUGGAUCAUUUGGAGUUGGCAGAUGCUGAGAAUUUUCUGGAUUGGAAUAACACACGCUCGAAGCGGAUUCUCAUAGACUACAUGUUGCGAAUGUCAUACCACGACACUGCUGUGAAGCUGGCCGAAAGCAGCAAGAUACAGGAUCUUGUGGAUAUUGAGGUAUUCCAAGAAGCAAAAAAGGUAAUCAAUGCUCUUCAAAAUAAGAAGCUAGCUCCUGCCCUAGACUGGUAUGCUGAUAACAAGUCAAGGUUGAAGAAAUCCAAGAGCAAAUUUGAGUUCCAAUUAAGACUUCAAGAGUUCAUAGAGUUGGUGCGAGUUGAAAACAAGCUGGGAGCUAUAACAUAUGCACGGAAGUACCUUGCACCUUGGGGUGCCAUCCAUAUGAAAGAGUUGCAGAGGGUCAUGGCAACACUGGCCUUUAGAAGUAAUACCGAAUGUGCUACAUACAAGGUUUUAUUUGAACCCAAACAAUGGGAUUUCCUGGCGGAGCAAUUUAAACAGGAAUUCUGCAAAUUAUAUGGCAUGACACUUGAACCUUUGCUGAAUAUCUAUCUGCAAGCAGGCUUGUCAGCUCUAAAAACUCCAUACUGUUAUGAAGAUGAUUGCAGCAAGGAAGACCCUCUAUCGCAGGAUAGUUUUCGAAAACUAGCGAUGCCAUUACCAUACUCUAAGCAGAAUCACACGAAACUUGUUUGCAACAUAACAAAAGAGCUGAUGGACACAGAGAACCCUCCACAAGUUUUGCCUAAUGGCUAUGUUUACAGCACUAAGGCUCUCGAAGAAAUGGCCAAGAAAAACAAUGGUAAAAUCGCCUGUCCUAGGACAGGUUUGGUCUGCAACUACUCAGAUUUGGUUAAGGCGUACAUAUCAUAGAGGUCUACAUGUUCCGGCCUGUCUAGUGAAUCAAUUAUUUUAGGGAAAAAAUCUUGCAACGAUAUCUGUCUUUAUUGCAGUCAAGUUCAUCUUCUGUACAUGGUUCCUUUCUGCAAGAGGGAUGCCUUAUUGGUUUGUGUUGUGUUGGGGGACUUGCACAUACAUGCUCCGUACCGUUUAACAUAAAACUUAAAUAGUUAUAGAUAAAAUUAACGAUAAUUUAAUUUAAAAUAUAAAUUUUAUUUAUAUUUUAAAACUUUCAUGUUAAUUUAAUUCUAAGGUUUGUUUUCUCAUAUCCUUGUAGAAAUCUGAAAUGUAAUUUAAAAAACCAAGGAAUCUUUGAA